AUGUCGUCCCACCAAACACUCCGUCCUCGGCCCAGUUCGGACCAUGCUUCUGAGAAAAGCAUCCUGAAAGAAGUGGAAGACAUGAAGGUGGAGCUGGAGAAGUGGCACAAGCAGUUGGAAGACUUGGAAGUCAAGGGCCUCACGCAGAAACUCAUCCAGGAGUCCUUUGAGCUAGUCGAUGUUCUUGAGAAGAAGCUGGAACGUACGGAAGAAGUCGUUGCACCACUCUCUGAUGAUCCUCAAGAUGUGUCUGCCAUGGUCUUCUUGCAGGCCAUCGUUCAGGCGCUACAGAGGAGCUUCGUGCGCCUUGGCCAAAGCCCAGAGACUGCAGUCACUCAGAUGAUCCACGAGGACAAGGUGGUGGAGGAGAAGUUCGUGUCAGCCAUGAGAGCUCUGCAAGAGCUCCAAGUUGAUGAGUCGAAUCCUUCGGUGUGUCUGUUCUCCGAGGAGGAGUUGAAAGCUGCAUAUCGAGUCUGUGACAAGACCGAGGUGACAAAGUCGAAGUUUUUGGACUACUUCAAAGCGAGGUAUGUGUGCGUGAACUUGGUGACCAUGACAGAUCAACCUGCCGUGAAGGGCAGCAAGACCAUCAAGAAGUUGGCAGUGCACGAAAUCUUGGAAGCCUUGGGCAGCGAAGCCCAAAAGGACGAGGCUUCAGGGCUGCUGCGGGUGAAGGUAAGGGAGAAGGACGGGAAGGAAGGCUAUGUCACUCUGGAAUCCAUCAACGGUACGACCUUUAUCAAGACCAUCUUGCCACAUCAAGUGAUGAUGACGACGGUCGAAGUUGCAGUGGAAGAAAUGGCUGAGGCCCUGACUUCCACAGCCAAGCAGUUGGACAGCAAGAUGCGCGGAAAUAAUGGGCCUUUGCCCGACAUCAAGGCCGAGGUGACAAAGUUGCGGCCGCGAAUUGCUCAGGUGCAACAGACUCUGAACGGCCUCAAGAAGAAAGUCUCCACAGCGAAGAAGUUGCUGGCGGAGAUCGAGGAAAAGGAGUCCACCCGCAAACAGGAGGCUAUGGAUCGCUAUGAAGCGGAGAGGAUGAUCAACAGCGCCAAGGAUCUAAUGGACCUGGUGAGACCCAUGAUCAGUGAGGUCAUCCCAGCCGCAGAGUCUCUGAAGGCUGCAGAUACCACGAGUUCCUGCACCAUUCAGGAGCUGGUGAAGUCUCAGACGGCACUGGAAAACCUCUACCAGGCGAUCGUGGAUCUGCGUCAGAAGCUGGACGCGGACAAACGCUACGUGAAGUACGUCACUUCGGGUCCACUCGCUCAGGUGUGGGACACCUUGAAUGGCUUCCUGGCGGAGAUUUGGAAUCCGGAGGAAGAUUGCCAGAAACUGUUGUAUGCCGUGCAGGACAGGCGGAAAAAAGUCACAUCAGAUGCUCAAAAAGCCGUCAGCGCAGCUCUGAGAGAGGCAGCGGCCAAGGAUGGAUCAGAUGUGGAGGCCCUUUUCGACAAGCUUCGAAAAGAGAACAGCAGCAUUCCAAUCGAGGCUCUGCGCGACUUUGUGGGGGAAGCUCUGCAGGCUUCGGAAGUAGAGUUGGGCCUGGAAAACUACAGCAGUUGCGGCUUCAGCAAGCUGAGUCUCACUUUACUGCUGCAGGACUACAUGCGCUGCAUCAGGGAGAUAUCAAUGACAUCAGACUUCGAGGUGAAAACUGCCAAGACUGUCAAAAAGCUCAUUGUUGGCGAAUACGUGAAGGUCUUAGAGCCUGCGAAGAAUGAUGAGCAAGGCAUGAUGCGUGUCCGAUGCCAAGCCCUGAGUGACCUCUCCGAAGGAUGGGUGUCUUUGAAGGGCAGCCAAGGCACCAGUUUUCUGGAGAGGUGUGCCAAGCCUUUCCUGAGUUGUCGUGAGGAGUUGUUACUCCAUGCUGAGUUCGAGGGCGCCAGCCCAGAGGUCAGAAAGUUGUGGCCCGGGCAAGUCGUUGAGGUGUUGGAAGGUCCUCGAAGAGAAACUGCAACAGAGUGCCUCCGUGUCAGAGGAAAGGCUCUGAAGGACGGAAAAAUCGGGUACAUUGCUGUGAAAGAUGCGGCCGGCAACGACAUCGUUGAGCCAAUCAAAGUCUUGGUUUGCCGCUUAAGCACCACCUUGACGACUGCGCUGGACGUUAGUGCCAGCAAAACGGUGCGAAAGGUGGAAGCAGGUGAAGUCUUCGAGGCCUUAGAUGAGGCCCAAGAAGACGAGAAGCGAAAGCUCUCCCGCGUCAAAGUGAGGACCCGGAGAGAUGCCAAAGAAGGCUGGGUGACCCUGAAGGGCAACUCUGGCACCUGCUUUGUGGAAGAGAGUGACCAGCUUCAUGUCGUGAAGACUACGACCCCUUUGGAAAUCAAUUUCCGAAGUGGAAGCUCCACCCUCAGACUCUUAGAGGAGAACGAGGUGUUUGAGAUGCUUGAAGCACCCAAGAUAGAGACGAAGGAGGGUGAGCAACGCAUGCGCGGUCGUUCAGAAAAAUCUGAAGGGUGGUUCACUUUCUCGAAGUUUUUAACUCCAUGGUCGCCAAGAUAUCGAUGUCUUCGAAGUAUCGACCUCACUGAGAGCCUGUCGGCCAGCAGCGACGUUGUGCGACAACUGGUCUCCGGCGAAAUGGUGGAGGCCUUGGAAUUGCCCAGCUACGACGAAGCUUCAGGCCUUGUCCGUGUGCGAGUACGAACCGAGAAGGAUAACUUGCUUGGCUUUGCGACUCUGCGCGAGUCGCAGGCGGAGGGCCUGGCGGCCGGCGUUGGCCGUGGACCAUCCGUGGCCUUCCCUGCCAAGAAUGGCCAUCAUUUCUACAUAGGUAGACGGCUACAUGCUGCUCAUGUUGCUGGGGCCAUAGCGGUGGGCAUCGCAUUGCCCCGAAAUCGCAGAGGUCAUGUGCGAAGUAUCCAGAGGUUCGCCCUGAGUUGGCGAACCCUUACUUCAUCACAACAGGACCUCGAUGCAGCGGUGGGCGAGCUGAAGUCUGCCGCUGGUGCGGCAGGUCCGGCCAGUGUGGCCAUCCUAUCGGUUCCUGGGCGUUGGGCCGCCGAAGCUGCCACGUUGUCGACGAAGCUGAAAGAGACGGGUCUCUGCCCAGAUAGUACAGCUCUUCUGGCAGUGGUUCAGGAGUCGCAGAAUGCCGCAGCACCUGUGUCCUUGCUCUUAGGUACUGGAGGCUCGGCGGCUCCCUUCUUCGUGAACAAGGAGGAACUGAGUCAAGCUGGCGCUGGUCUGGCGAAGGAGAAUCCGGUUCCCGGUGUGCCCGAUGGUCCCCACGCGUCCAUCUGGCUCUUUGCAGACUCCAAGGUGCCAGGCAUUCUCACGCGCAACCUACUGGAGGCGCUGGACGCAAGAUAUCCUCGCGCCUCGAAGGUUGGUGUUUUGGUGAAGCCUGUUGCUUCAGCUGAAGCCGAGGAUCCCGCGGCCAGUCUUCAGAACUGGGAGCCACCGCGAGAAGGUCGACAGUUGCGGACUCGAGAUCGCAGUGAUGGCCAUGGGUGGAUGAAGAGCGAUCCCAUUUUCAGCACAUUGGAGGGGCUGGGAAUGGAGUCGACCACUGUAGAGUUCAAAAAGCGUCCCUUCGGAGUGAAGAGGUACACUCCUGGCUAUCAAGGAAAAGGCGCAAUGGUGAUCGACAUGCAGGAGAAAGGCCGCUAUCCCGGUGAUGCCAUGGGUCAAGCAGCAGUUGGGGGUGUCAGGACGGGGAUGGUGGUGAAGACAGUAGGAGGCAAGGAUGUGAGUCAGUGGGAUUUCGAAGACUUGAUGGAUCUGCUGAAUGACCAAGGCAUCAUGGACCCAGAUUCCAAGUCCGCGGCUUCCUGGGGUGAUGCGUCGAAGGGUCAGCAGCGACAGCCCGUGGAGGAGGUGGUGCUGCCGGUGAACAUUGAGUUCGGCGUGCCCACUUCAGGCAUCGAUGCCCACUUCAGUG